UAGUCUUGAGAUAUUGCUACGUUGACUCCCGGAUCUGGGGUUUUCUUUCUGAAUUACCACUCGAGAGAGCCGAGAAAGGGAGUGCUUCGUUAGCAGCCAUAGAGACUUGGCCACUCGCGAUUUGUGCAAGGGACGACAAGCAAAGCAGCUGUGCUUCUAACGGGGUUGAUUGUGUGAACGAAAAUUUGCCAGGAGCUGGAGCGAAGAAAUUGGCAAUGUUUGGAACAGUAGUGAUUGGAAUUGGAAUUGCUGGAUCUAUACGAAUCAGAGAUUUGCUGAAUCCUUUGUCUUCCAGUCCUGCUGAGCAUCUUAAAUUAUUGGGAUUUGUUUCUAGAAGAUCUCUAGAUGAUGUUUAUCAGGUCAAGCAAAUUAGUCUGCAAGAAGCUCUAGACAACCCAGAGGUCCAUGCUGCCAUCAUCAGUACAGAUAACCAAAACCAUAUUGAGAGUGUAAGAAAGUUCCUAGAGGCUGGCAAGCAUGUCCUUGUUGAGUACCCUUUGGCAUUGUCUGCAAAGGUAGCUCAUGAACUUUGGGAGUUGGCAGAGCUGAAAGGCAAGAUCCUCCAUGUGGAACAUAUUGAACUACUAACAGAGGAAUACAAACAACUGAAGAAAGAGGUAUCAGGAAAGGAGCUUGUGAAGGGAACAUUACAUUUCACAGGGGGUCCAUUGGAUGAAAGAUAUUCAGGAUUUCCAUCUUUUAGUGGCAUUGCUCGCCUCACCUGGUUGGUGGAUCUUUUUGGAGAUCUCACUGUCACUUCUGCCACAAGAGAACAACAAAAAGAAAAAAACUACUUCAGAAUGACAGUACAUUUUCAGACAGCAAACAAAAGGCCUCUGACUUGGAUUGAAGAAAGGGCUCCCGGGAUGAAACGGGAUAAGAAGAUCAACUUCUGUUUCAAAAGUGGAUGCUUAGAAUGUCUCCCUGAGGCUCCACGUUCACCAGUUGGCCUUUUCAUGCAAGAUCUGAUCAUCUUUGCCAAAAAACUUUUGGGACAGAUCCCCAAAGAGGAACUGAUAGCUGAGAAAAGACGGAUUCUGCUGUGUCUCAGUCUUGCCGAAGAGAUUCAAAUGUGCUGUGAAUAGCCAUCAAAAUUCUAUUCUUGAAAGUAUGUGAAAGUACAGGGUUCACCAUUUUAAACUCUUUCUUGUACUCCCUUUUUAAAAUGUUCUUUUUCUUAUGUGCCAGCUUCUCUAUUCUAUUAAGCAAUAUUUUUCUAACAAAGUCAGGAUGAAUUUAAUCUGGCAGCACAGAAAAUAUAUAGAUUCUGUCUUGCCUUACUGCAAAGCAACUUUCUAAUCAAAAGCUAGUAAACAAACUGCCUGCAUUUCUUCUAGAGACGCAAUAGCAAAAGAGUGUCAUUUUUCCACAGUAUUUAUUGUUGAGGAAAAAAAGAAUCUUUUUCAGCAGCAAAAUAUUUCUCUGAAACACUUUAAAUUCUGUAUUUAAGCCCAUCUAUAUAUUAGUUAAAUGUUUAAACAGACAUUAGAGUGCUGAACAGCUUUAAGUUUAUUUUUAGCCUCUGUUCAGUCUAAGUUGCUCUUUACCUCCAGUUGCAUGAAAUAUUGAAAAUGGUGCCCUUUGUUAUGUUCAUCUCUAAUGUUUAGCUCAGGACUACAACUUAGCUUUUACAAGAUAAGAAACUAUACUGAAAGAGUAAUGAGUGAAGAAAAAUUUCUGGAUGGGAAGGUUUUUUUUAAAAUUUGGCAAUUAUAUCAUACUGACCUGGUUUAAAUAUAAUGUUGUGUGAAUUAUGAAUUAGUCAAUAAAUAUUAUUUUAAAAAAUUGUCUUAGUAUAAUACAUGACCAAUCCAUUGUGCUGUACCUUGAGAAUCCUAAAUCCCUAUAAAUGUAGAAUCAUAAUU